AUGGGAAAAGAUGCGAGAGCCAGCUGGGACAACCCCAGGCAAUUUGUGCUGGCAUGUGUAUCAUAUGCAGUCGGACUGGGAAACGUAUGGCGGUUUCCAUACCUAUGUCAACUGCACGGUGGGGGGGGGUUCUUAAUUCCAUAUCUCAUUAUGUUGUUUUUGGAGGGUUUGCCCUUGUUCUACAUGGAGCUUGCCAUUGGUCAGAAGAUGCGUUUAGGUAGCAUCGGGGCAUGGACUGCGAUCAGCCCUUAUUUGGGAGGACUGGGUCUUGCUAGUGUUGUGACAUCCAUGUAUCUCUGUCUCUAUUACAACAUCAUCAAUGCAUGGAGUUUCUGGUACAUCUUUCAUUCAUUUCAAUCAGUCCUGCCCUGGGCAGUAUGCCCCAUAAAUUCCAACCAAACGGGACCUACAGAGGAGUGUGAAAGAGCUACACCCACCCAGUACUUCUUCUACAGGGAAACACUGAACAUCUCUUCUUCUAUUGAAGAGAACGGAGGCAUUCAUAAAGGACAGGCACUAUGUCUUGUGCUUGCCUGGGCAAUAACCUACCUGUUCAUUGUUCGAGGAGUAAAGUCAACUGGAAAGGUGGUGUACUUCACAGCCACAUUUCCUUAUCUGGUCCUCUUUAUCUACUUGAUUCGGGGUAUCACUCUUCAUGGUGCCAUUAAUGGUAUCAAAUACAUGGUUACACCCAAGAUGGCUGCACUUGCCAAUCCUACAACAUGGAUCAAUGCAGCCACUCAGAUAUUCUUCUCUCUCGGUUUGGGUUUUGGCUCACUAAUAGCAUUUGCUAGCUACAACCAGUACAACAACAACUUUCAACAGCAGGCCAUCGUUAUCGCCCUUAUCAACAGUGGAACCUCCAUCUUUGCCAGCAUUGUCACCUUUGCCAUCUAUGGGUUCAAGGCUACAGUCAACUAUGAAAACUGCCUGAACAGAAUGCGCAUUCUGCUGCUAAACACCUUUGAUCUAGCAGAAGAUACCAUUAGCAUGGACAAUAUCCUUGAGUCGAUUGAGAAGCUGAACACAACAUAUCCAGUGCAGUUUGCCCAAAUUGCUGACAAAGUAAGAGAGGGAGAGUGUAACCUGGUAAAGGAGCUAGACACAGCAGUAGAGGGGUCAGGCCUGGCCUUCAUAGUGUACAGUGAGGCCAUUAAAAACAUGCCAUUGCCACAGCUGUGGUCAGUACUGUACUUCUUCAUGCUCCUGCUGUUAGGAAUGGGCAGCAUGCUGGGCAACGUCACAGCCAUCAUCACCCCACUACGUGAUUUCAAGAUUAUAUCCUGCAUGAGGACCGAGCUGUUCAAUGGUUUAGUGUGUUUGUUCUGUCUGCUGCUGGGCCUGGGAUUCACCACCACAUCGGGGAAUUACUGGUUUACCAUAUUCAAUGACUAUGCAGCCACUUUCUCUCUGCUGUUCAUCGUCCUCAUCGAGGUCAUAGCUGUUAGUUACAUCUAUGGAAUUAAAAGGUUUGAAAAAGACAUAGAAGACAUGCUCGGUCAUCGUCCCAACUGGUACUGGAAAAUCAUGUGGGCACUAACCAGUCCCCUGCUCCUUAUUGCCCUCUUUAUAUUCUACAUCAUUAACUACAUCCAGGGAGGGACACCCACCUACCAAGCAUGGAACAAAGAGCUGGGUGAAUCAGUGGUGAUGGAGUACCCUGUCUUUGGUCAAGUUUUCAUUGGACUGCUGCUGGUGUCGUCAGUCUGCUGUGUUCCCCUCACAGCUCUGUAUGCCUUCUGCAGGAAGAGAAAAGCUGGAGCCUGUGAAAAGUGUCCAUCUUCUGUGAGUACAGUAUCAGUUUAGGUACCAGACCUCCAGACAUCUCCUGCUUCCUGGACCUCUUUAUAUCUCCCCUGCAGCUGAACAGCAGGAGUACAGCAUUUCUCACCUGAUACACAGUAGUACGUGAUGAGGAGUCAUUUGAGGUUUCCAUCAUCACAUCAUUACAGUUCACAUUAGUGAAUGCACUUUUGAGCUGUUCUAUCUGCAAGAGGAUGCCCCUAAAGUCUUUCUGGUGUAACAGUGUUGGAAACAUGAGGAC